AUGGAAAGACCCCCUACCAUCCGUUCUUACAUAAAAGGGUCCACUAUCGUUGCAACAUUGGAUGAGGCACUUGUUGUGCACAACCAGAUUCUAACAGUCAUUAAGAACAACCUACAACAGGCGCAAAUACGAAUGAAAAGCCAGGAAAACUCUCACCAUCGUGAUCGUGACUUCAAGAUCGAAGAUUGGGUGUGGCUGCGACUGCAACCUUACAUGCAAAAUAUUAUGUGUGACCGCUGUUUCUCCAAGUUGAGCAAGAGGUUCUUUGGUCCUUACCCGAUCAGUAAGCACAUUAGCCAAUUAGCUUACAAAUUGUAUUCAUCCAGUCUUCCAUGUCUCAAACCUAAGUUGUACCAUGGUAAUCUGCCUACUACUAUUCCGGUUAUGGACUUCUUUUUCGUAGGCACCAUGGUCCCACUCCAAAUCCUUGAUUCGAGACUAAUCCACACUAAGAAGGGUACCGUGACAUAA